GUAUGGCUGUCGCACUCGGCCGGAGCGGCCUAAGGAAGCUCCAUUUGUGUCUUCGAGGCAAGCUUGGUCCAACUUCUGCGUGACGUGGCCGAGAGGGUCCCGCACUGCAGCGCGUGGUGCCGGACCGAUGCGCUCGACAACAGGGUUUUCGUGGCAUCGACGAUGGAGAGCAACAACAAGCGGCAGUGCUCCAUUCAAAUCCGGCAAUGCGAAGCGUUGGAAGCGAAGCCGUCGUCAGUCCAUCUGCCCGUGUUCGACGUCGUUGUUAUCUUCCUCGCCGCCUUCGUCGUCUUUCUUUCCAUCCUCGCAUUUGUCGCCAUCUUAGCCGUCGUCGCCGCGAUCGCGUGUCGCCUUGCCAAGCCCACGGGUCGAUCCACCAUCAUCGUUGCAGCAUCCGCUGUGGGACAUGUGAUCUUCAUCGCCGCGUUGUCACAACGUCGACCGCGCACCUCUGUUUGUUCGUCGUUAACACCAUCGUCAUCACCAUCGACACGAUCCCUCUCUUUGCCGCCGUCACCGUCGUCCUCUUCGUCGCCGUGUUCCCCUGUCGUCGACAAUGUCUUCCGGGCCGACCUCCCGACAGCGACGACAUCAUCGCGCUCAUUACGUUGUCCUUGUGGAGACGACGAUCUGCAUCUAACAACACGUUUCGCCAUCGCCUCGCGAAUCUUCACUUCGCACGUGGCAGAUCUUGAAGCGGGUAUGUCGCGCGCCAUGUCGAACCGCGGUUCUGGGCGCGACAAGUCCGCAGAAAAACAGGCAGUUGAGGCUGCUCUCUGGGAGAAAAAGGGUCACCACGUUGCGAACAAGCAAAGGAAGCUCGACAAAGGCGCCUCCCCUCUUCCCUGGUAUAUGGAGGACGAAGAAUGGGUGCAGGAGGGGGCGGCGUCGCAGUAUGAAAACGACUUCAAGGAAUCGGAGGAAGUGCCUAUGAAGCGGAAGUCGUCGAGGAGGGGAGUGGAGCCCUCCGGAUUGAUGAUGUGGGCGAAAGACGAGGCGCAAGAGGAUAAUCAACAAUGGAAGACGUCAUCGACGUCAGCGCCACGGGGGCAUCCACGCGAGGCGGGGGGACUACUGUCGGGCAGCAACAGAGUGCGCUUCAGGGGCAGCGUGGGGCCGCAACAGCGGGGGCUUCGCACGCGGGAGAAGGGGCAAGGGCAGGCGGGGGCGCAUCAGGGGGGGCUGCGCAGGCGACUGAAGGGGCGAUGUCAAGCGAGGCCACAUCGGGUGGGGCUGCUCACGCGGCUGGAGGGGAAGGGCAGGUGGGGCCGCGGCGGCCGGGGCUUCACAACCUUCUCAAGGACCGGGGGCGGGAGGGGCGAAGGCGGGGGGGUUCCACAGGCGGUGGAAGGGGCGAGGGCUGGCGAUGGAGCUGGAGCGGGGAAGGAUGACGAAGCGCAGGUGAACAGGGUGCGUCAGCGGAGUGCGCGGGACGGGAUCGAGGCGGCGUCGAAGCUGUGGGUUGACGACAUCCGCUUCCAGAACGAAACGGAACGGAACGCCAUAGUGAAGAGCAUGCAAGAAGCGCGGUUGUAUCUUGUUGCGGUGGCUAAAGGAGUGCAACCUCCACUGGUUCGUCAAAGCAUCGUCUUGCCGCAUACGACCAUCCCGCAACACAAGAUCGGGGAUGAAUCGGAGUUGAACGCUGCGCAGGAGACGGCGUUGAAGGUGCAGACGAUCGCUUUGAGGGUCAUUCACAAGUGGAUCUUCAAGUCGGCGAGCAGGCAACGGAGGUACCACGCUGCAUACGGGUAGGCGUUGAACCACGCGGCCACUGACAUCGCUCGCGCAAUCAGGGUGGGGGAGGACUGGCGUGUGUGUGCGAGCCCCAUGGUGUUCCACAUC